AAAGAAGCGGAAGAAGGAAGAAAGAGAAGAAGAAGCGUGUUUGCAGCAUUACGCGCCGAACAACUGCUGCAAAAGAAAGAAUCUCUGUAACGUCUGUUAUACGCUUCGAUAUGGUGAAAUUAUCUGCGGAGCUAAUUGAGCAGGCUGCUCAAUAUACUAACCCUGUGAGAGACAGAGAGUUGGAUUUACGAGGUUAUAAAAUCCCAGUGCUUGAAAACCUUGGAGCUACUCUGGACCAGUUUGACACCAUUGACUUCUCUGAUAAUGAAGUCAGAAAACUGGACGGUUUCCCUCUUCUCAAAAGACUCAAAACAUUACUAAUGAACAACAACAGGAUUUGCCGCAUAGGUGAAAAUCUGGAGCAGUCUCUGCCUAGUCUGACAGAACUGGUUCUCACAAACAACAAUAUUCAGGAGCUGGGUGACUUAGACCCACUGGCUACAGUGAAGACAUUGACCCUUCUCAGUCUGUUAAGGAAUCCAGUGACAAACAAGAAGCAUUACAGGCUCUAUGUCAUCAACAAAAUCCCACAGAUCCGUGUGCUUGACUUCCAGAAGGUCAAGCUCAAGGAACGCCAGGAGGCGGAGAAAAUGUUCAAGGGCAAACGAGGUGCUCAACUUGCAAAGGAUAUUGCCAAGCGAACAAAAACAUUCACUCCUGGAGUGGCAGCGCAGCUUGAGAAGAAGAGGACGGGGCCGUCUCAAGCAGAUGUGGAAGCCAUCAAGAAUGCGAUUGCUAACGCCUCAUCAUUGGCAGAGGUGGAGAGGCUGAAAGGGAUGCUGCAGGCUGGUCAGAUCCCUGGCCGAGAUCUCAGACAAGGUCCAGCUGGGAUGGAGGAGGAGGAGGAGGAGGAGGAAGAAGAAGAGGAGGAGGAAGAGGAGGAAGAUGGUGACCCUGCACAGAUGGUGGCACAUAUGAGUGGAGGUGCUGUAGAGGAGAUGGAUGAGGGAGAUGAAGAGGGUGAUGUAGAAGAUAUGGAUGAAGAGCCACAUGUUAAUGGCUCCUGAGUACCCUGAAAGCAUUUUUGUUUUUUCUAUGUUGUAGAUUUCUUUGUGUUGGACAUUUAUCAGGGCUGUUUUAUUUAGUACAAUGACAUACAUUAAACUGAUUUCUUAUA